AUGUAUAGCGGACUUUUACCGAAAGGUCUGAGCGAUGCAGAAAUUAGUUCAAAUGAUGAGGACGACCAAAGACAAAGUGUUGUUGCAAAUCAAGAAAAAACGUUAGCCUCAAACAAAUGUCGUGCAGUUGGACUUUCGCGUGGUCUUAAGGAAAAUUGUGGGACACUUGUAGACAUUAGUUCUUCUCGUACCCCGCCCGUCAUAGAAAAUGAUAAGUCGUUGGACUGCUUACCCGGGAUUUCCGAGGAGAAGUGGCAAGUAUGUCACACAUGUUAUGCUUGCUAGUCAGGUUAUAGCUAUCUUGCAUAUCAAGCUAACGUUAGCUAGCUAGCUAGUUAGCUAUGUCGCCUAUAAACUCUAUAGCUAGCAUCCCCUACUAAUUUUGGACAGGCAGUCCAUGAAUGAUGAAACCUGCAUGGAAAUCAAAAAUGUGUUAUAACAAAAUGGCUGCAUAGCCUGGCUGUACCACUUAUUCCCGUUAACCAACAUCAGCGCCACUUUCAAAAGCAAGUCAAAUGUGGAUAAGCUACUCAUCUUUGUAAAGCUACAUUGUAUGUUUUUCUGUUUGUCUAAAGACUUCUACCAUAUACACAUUACACAAACAUAAUUAAUCAACUGUUGAAAGGGAGAUUUUCAUGAUUUGGGUAAAUGCUUUUAUUGUAUACAUUGUUGUUGCUAAAAGUGAAUGGUUGCACUUGAUGUUCUUUAGAAAUUUAAAGAGCUACAGAAGAAAAAAUAUGAGAUCAAGACAAUGAAGCUCCCCCAAAAAAGACAGCAGGGAAGACGACGGCAUAAGAAAGGUAAAUCGCACUUCUUUUUAAUACAUACCCACAAUAGCCACUGAAAAGAUAACGAUCCAGGACGUCUUUGCCCUGGUCAGAUGUAACCUACUUGUCCUAGCCCAGAAAUAAUGGAAAUGGGGAAAGAAGAGGGUUCAUUCUGUGUCCAAAUUCUAAGUGUCUCAUGACCCUAACGUUAGUGUUUUUGUUAAAGUGUUUGGCCUUGUUAAAUUCAAAAUUGUAUUAUAAUUACAAUUGAGUUAAUAGUGUUAUGGCUAUAAAAGCUGAACUGGAAUGGAUCUUAGUGGAACAUAAUUAAAUAAUAUACAAUUCCAUUGGAAGUCACUGAAAGAAAUAGUCAGCCAGUCUACCUCUUUUCACUGUUUUGAAUGGAUAUGAUCACAGUGUACAUUAAUAUUUCUGAGGUCAUGAGUUAUGACACAAUACGACGAAGGACUGUCAAAUUGGGUGAUUUUGAUGAAGGACUGUAGAAUUGGAUGAUUUUGGAAUUUACAAGAGUCAUUUCUUUGUGUUUCAUGUCACUAAACAGAUGAUGAAUCAGGGACUAAGAACAUGGAAUCAAACAAUGAAAGGUAAUGUAGGCCUAUCUGUUUUUGUAAAUGUAUCAAAAAAUCUGUUCAAACACAGUUCUAUACAGUAUUCCACUAACUACUAAAGAGUCUUCAAGGCUUAGUCCCGAUUUUCCACCAUUCUCCCGAAGUGUGCACUAAAGCUUUCACACUUUCUUGCAUGGAGUUUAGAAUGGUGGAAACUCCCUCCAGCCAAUGCUUAGGCUACACCAAUCCUAUGCUUUAAAUCCAUGACAGGGAGUGUCCAAGUGCACACUUAUGGAAAAGGGUGGAGAAUCGGGACGUAGCCUUGUUGUUGGUGUAGGCCUACCUGAAAGCCUAUUCUACUCUGGCUUUCAAAAAAUUGAAUUGGUACUUAGCACCCAUUUAUAGCCUUAACAUAUGCUGUAGUCGUGUACUGAACCGAUAAUAAACAUGAACACUCAUUUUCCUUCCUCACCAGAGAGCCUCAAGUGGAGCAUGACAAGCAUUGGGAAGGGCUGACGCAGUACUUUGGCAUCAAUGAUAGAUUUCAACCCCCUGCCUGUUACAAGCCUGCUCCCAAGGUAAAAAUGUCUGCCUGUGUUUAAUGCCAUCAAAUUAUGGCAAAAGCAUUGAACAUGUUCUGUCUUUCCUUGUCCAUGCCUGUGUAACUUCUCAUUGUUUUAUUAAAUAUGACAGGCGGAUUAAGAGGUUUCUAGACUCAAACCUGACAUUGAGUAAAAUAUAAAAGAUUGUCUUACAUUUAAUGAUAAGAUUACCUUAAUCUUGACAUUGGGAUGAUUCUCCACUCUACUUUUUUGGUUGAGAUUAAAGUAAGAUGUAGAUUUGCUGUAGAGAGAAGUGUCUGUACUGAAUGUCUCUACAAAUACCUGACAGCUCCCGCUCACCUUGUUUCUGUAUGUGGAAAGCUCAGAGUGCACUCAGUACACGCACAAUAACAUGGGCUACUUAAAGUGUGAGAGGCUAAUUGUCAGACCCAUGGAUCUAGCCUACAUUUUGAUGAAAAGGUGAAUGGAAAAUGGCAUCACAGACACUCACCUGCUUUUAUUUGUGUAUCUCUCAGCCAUGCGUCUUUGUGCAGGAAAGAAUAGGUGAAUAGCUGUUGUGUGUGUGUCCCCUAAGAAUAGCCCUAAUAAGCAACUCUUGGACAAAUGAGUUAAUUUCUUACUUGAAUCCAUUUAGAAAUGCAUCUAUGUACUUGAUAAAUCUGGUGUAAUAGAACAAGAAAGAGACAUACAUAUUUUUGAUAUGUAAAUUGUCGUGCAAGCAAAAUAGUUGCAGAUAUAAUAAUAGUUUAUAAGAUGAGGAAUUUGUCCUAAUUCAAUGGGAAGUUCUUGUAAUGCUUAUUUGGAGUGUUAUUUGAAUUCCGUUUAUCUCAAAGUACCAUCAAAUUUAGUUUUUGCUGCGUUUCUGCAGCAAAAACGGACUACUUUGAAUGGAUAAGAUAUAUUUAACAAGAAGUUGAAUUAAACAGAACUUGUGAAGUCAACAUUCUCAUUAGUGAUUAAUGUCAUUUACACAUUCAUAUUAGAUUUUAAAAAAUGUUAGCCUAAGUCAAUUACACACUAGGCAUUUAGAAUCCAUUUGGGUCUUUCUAUAAACUACGGUACCAGUGAGAAUUUCCUGUGGUGGACAACUUUUUACAGCUGUUAAUAAGUCAUUGAUAAUAAUCUGCAAAACAUUUUCAUAUAAUUACAUUAAGAUAUAGGGGGGAACAUAGCUAUGUUCAAUUAAAUUCACGCUGGUCUGACCAAUCGGAAUCUAUGCUUCAGGACUGUUUUGAUCACGCGGACUGGGAAAUGUUUCGGGUUGCCUCUAAAAGUGUCGACGUAUAACUGACUUGGUGACUUGGUUCAUCAGGAAGUCCAUAGAGGAUGUUGUUCCUACUGUGACGAUUAAAACUGAUCCAAACCAACGUAAUGCAAACAGAGGCAAAACAACAGUACAGGGACAAAGUGGAGAUACAAUUCAACGGCUCAGACAUGAGACGUAUGUAGCAAGGACUCCAGACAAUCACGUAUUGGAAAGGGAAAGCCAGCCACGUCGCGGACACCGACGCCUCACUCCCGGACAAGCUAAGCACCUUCUUCGCCCGCUUCGAGGAAAACAGCACCUUAGCCGCUGACGUGGGCCCCCGUCUCCCACGAGGACUGUGUGCUCCCGAUCUCCAUCACCGACGUGAGUAAGACAUUCAAGCGUCAUAACCUUCGCAAGGCUGCCGGCCCAGACAGCUUCCCAAGCCGAGUCCUCUGAGCAUGUGCAGACCAGCUGACUGUAGUGUUUACGGACAUAUUCAAUCUCUCCCUAUCCCAGUCUGCUGUCCCCACUUGCUUCAAGAUGUCCACCAUUGUUCCUGUACCCAAGAAAGCGAAGGUAACUGAACUAAAUGACCAGUGGCCCGUAGCACUCACUUCAGUCAUCAUUAAGUACUUUGAGAGGCUAGGUAAGGACCAUAUCACCUCCACCUUACCCGACACCCUAGACCAGGGUUCUUCAAUUCCGGUCCUGGAGGGCCGAAACACUUCUGUUUUUUAUUUCUACCUGGUAGUUAAUUGCACUCACCUGGUGUCCCAGGUCUGAAUUAGCCCCUGAUUAGAAGGAGAGGAUGAAAAACAGAGGUGUUUCGGCCCUCCAGGACCGGAAUUGAAGAACCUUCCCUUAGACCGACUACAAUUUGCAUACUUCCCCAACAGAUCCACGGAUGACGCAAUCACCAUUACACUGCACACUUCCCUAAAUCACCUGGACAAGAGGAAUACCUAUGUGAGGAUGCUGUUCAUCGACUACAGCUCAGCGUUCAACACCAUAGUGCCCUCCAAGCUCAUCUAUAAGCUCAGGGCCCUGGGUCUAAGCCCCUUCCUGUGCAACUGGGUCCUAGACUUCCUGACGGGCCGAUCCCAGGUGUUGAAGGUAGGCAACAACACCUCCGCCACGCUGAUCCUCAACACAGGGGCCCGACAGGGGUGCGUGUCUCAGCCCCCUCCUGUACUCCCCUGUUCACCCAUGACUGCGUAGCUACGCACGUCUCCUACUCAAUCAUCAAGUUUGCUGUAGGCCUGAUUACCAACAACGACAAGACUGCCUACAGGGCGGAGGUGAGAACCCUGGUGGAGUGGUGCCAGGAAAAUAACCUAUCCCUCAAUGUCAACAAAACAAAGGAGCUGAUCGUGGACUACAGGAGACAGCAGAGAGAGCACACCCCCAUCUACAUUGACAGGGCCGCAGUGGAGAAGGUCAAAAGUUUCAAGUUCCUCGCCGUGCUUCAAGUCCCUCCACACCAACACCGUGGUGAAGAAGGAGCAAAAGCACUUCUUCAACCUCAGAAAGCUGAAGAAAUUCGGCUUGGCCCUUAAGACCCUCACGAACUUCUCGAUGCACCAUCUAGCCCGGCAGUCUUGUGAUUGUUAACAUUUUGCUCACAUUGGCCACGAAGAGCGAGAUCACACAGUCAUCCUUAAAAACAGGGACUUUCACGCAAGGCACAGUGUUAUAUUCUUCGGAAUUGAGAAUAAGGCAUUUAGCUCAUUUGGUAGUUCUGCAUCGCUGGGCUGGGUUUCCCUUUUGUAAUGUGUUAUCGCCUGCAAGCCCUGCCACAUACAACGGGCGUCGGAGCCGGUGUAAUAGGAUUCCACCUUCCUCCUAUAUUGUCCUUUCGCAUGUCUCGUCUGAGGUUGUAGUGGGCUUUCUUGUAUGUGUCCGUGUCCUAUUCCUUGUAAGCGGUAGGUCUUUAGUCCAGCACAGAUAUUGCCUGUAAUCCAUGGUUUUUGGUUUGAUACGUUCUUAUAGUCACUGUGGGGACGACAUCAUCUAUGCACUUAUUGAUGAAGCCCGUGACUGUUGUGGUAAACUCCUCAAUGCUAUUGGAUGAAUCCCGGAACCAGGGCCUAAAAUUGGUCCACCAGUCACUGUGGCAGGUAGAUAAAAAAAAUGUACCAGCCACUCAGAUUUUCUACCAGCCAAAAUUGUUUUGGUUGCCAUAAUACAUUUACAUUUACAUUUACGUCAUUUAGCAGACGCUCUUAUCCAGAGCGACUUACAAAUAGGUGCAUUCACCUUAUAGCCAGUGGGAUAACCACUUUACAAUUAUUAAUAUAUAUAUAUAUUUUUUUUUUCUUUUAAAUGGAAGACCAUGCUUUGUAAUGUUUCUAAAACAAGAAAUGUAUAAGUAAGAAGUAAUGUGGUAGAUUGCUCAAUUUCUUUUGAAUUUUUUGUGACCUGGGUCUUUUUACCAAAUAUCAGCUGCCUCUUUUUAAGGGUGGGAGGUUACCGUGGUAACGGGGCCACUUGAGUCGUGUCUGUGUGUGUGGGAGAUUUAGGAUCUGACUAGGGCAUCUCUUCGCUAUCAGUUGAAGCAGCAGACUCAAACUAACGUUUAAAAGCAACCGAGCUUGUGGACAAAAUGAUGUAAAUAGCCAAGAAACACGAGGACAAAGUCUCACAUUGUAGACUUGAGUAAAUUAGACCAUCUUUUAUGACUGUGCAAAUCCCCAAAAUAAUCUUUCAGCACUUCACUCAGAGCGCACAGCUCUCCUGCCAGGCAGUGUUGCUACCUGAGGUGGGAUGUAGGAUUCAUAUUUCUUUGUGCGAUUUGCAGCUAUGAAACAAAACAGCAGAAAUACUUUGAAAACAGCUACUGUAGCAUUUUUCUACAAUAAAUCGCACAUACUUUACUUUUUACUAUUUUUAUUCGCAAAUGUAAUGCUCACACUGCAAAUUGACCACCCAUCGUGGCUGAUAAAAUAGACAUUCUUAUCCGCCAAUACCUAAAUCUACCAGCAGGUGGCGGGUGUUAAUGCCCUGCCACCCGCUUACAAGGAAUAGGACACGGACAUGGACACAUACAAGAAAGCCCGGAACAUAUCCCAGUAUGUACUAGCAAAACAGUCUUGUAGCCCCGCGUCUGCUUCAUCCAACCACUUCCGUAGUGAGCGCAUCAUUGGUACUUCCUGUUUGAGCUUUUGUUUGUAAACAGGAAGCAGGAGAAUGGAGUCAUGGUAAGAUUUGCUGAAGGGAGGGCUUUGUAUGCGUUUCUGUGUGUAGAAUAAAAGUGGUCUAGAGUUUCAGCACCCCUAGUGGCGCAUGAGACUUGUUGGUAGCAGUGAGGUAGGACGGUUUUAAGUCUUCCCGCGUUAAAGUCUCCGCCCACCAAAAACACUGGCUCUGGGUGAGUGGUUUCUUAUUUGUUUAUGGCCCCAUACAGUUUGUUGAGUGCCAGAGUGGUGUUGGCUUGGGGCGGGAUGUAGACAGCCGUGAUAAUUACGGAUGAGAACUCUCUUGGUAGAUAGAAGGGUCUGCAGCUUGCAAUGAGGUAUUCUAUAUCAGGUGAACAAAAGCUUGAGAUUUCCCUCACACUUGAAGCAGCAGGAGAAUCUCAAAAGAAGCUCAUCCAUCUUAUUCUCGAGUGACUGGACAUUUGCCAAUGGAACAGACAGGAGCGCUGUUCGCUUUACUCUUUGCCUCAAUUUCACCAGGACUCCUCCUCGUCUACCUCGUCUACGCCUGCAGCGUUUUGGUAGCCCAUGGAACAAAGGAAUAGGUACCGGUAUGAACAGUGGAACAGCUGAGACGGAGUUGACAUCGUCUUUGAAGUUGAAAUUGAGGUUAGUAACUGUCGAUCUGAUGUCCAGAAGUGCUUGGCGGUCAUACACUAUAUAUACAAGUAGUACAAGUAUGAGGACACCCCUUCAAAUGAGUUUGGCUAUUUCAACCACACCCGUUGCUGACAGGUGUAUAAAAUCGAGCACACAGCCAUGCAAUCUCCAUAGACAAACAUUUACAGUAGAAUGGCCUUACUGAAGAGCUCAGUGACUUUCAAUGUGGCACCGUCAUAGGAUGCCACCUUUCCAACAAGUCCGUUCCGUAAAAUGUCUGCCCUUCUAGAGCUGCCCUGGUCAACUAUAAGUGCUGUUAUUGUGAAAUGGAAACGUCUAGGAGCAACAACGGCUCAGCCGCGAAAUGGUAGGCCACACAAGCUCACAGAACGGGACAGCCGAGUGCUGAAGCGUCUGUCCUCGGUUGCAGCACUCACUACCGAAUUCCAAACUGCCUCUGGAAGCAACGUCAGCACAAGAACUGUUCGUCGGGAGCUUAAUGAAAUAGGUUUCCAUGGCCGAGCAGCCGCGCUCAAGCCUAAGAUCACCAUACGCAAUGCCAAGUGUUGGCUGGAGUGGUGUAAAGCUCGCCACAGUAGUCGGUAGUGGACUCUGGAGCAGUGGAAACGCGUUCUCUGGAGUGAUGAAUCAUGCUUCACCGUCUGGCUGUCCGACGGACUAAUCUAGGUUUGGAGGAUGCCAGGAAAACGCUACCUGCCCCAAUGCAUAGUGCCAACUGUGAAGUUUGGUGGAGGAGGUGUAAUGGCCUGGGUCUGUUUUUCAUGGUUCGGGCUAGGCCCCUUAGUUCCAGUGAAGGGAAAUCUUAACGCUGCAACAUACAAUGACAUUCUAGACAAUUCUGUGAUUCCAACUUUGUGGCAACAGUUUGGGGAAGGCCCUUUCCUGUUUCAGCAUGACAAUGUCCCCUUGCACAAAGCGAGGUCCAUACAGAAAUGGUUUGUCGAUAUCGGUCAAAACCCACAUUGAUUCAAAUACACUCAUAAUCAUAUAAGCCAGUACAGUCAUCAGUCAAAAAAGAGGGUGUCUUGUCCUGCUCCUGAAAUCUGCUCCUGCAUUCAUCCCAGUCAUCAGAGCAUUGGGCUAGUUGCAUGUCUGACAUCAAUGUGUGCACAAUUACAGUGAUGAUCUAAUAUGAUACAUUUCAGAUUUUUUUUUAAAUAACAUGGCCUACUUGUCAACAGUAUGUUUAUGGUGUAAUGGAACGUUUUGCCUUGUGUUGUAGGUUUUGUGCGUUUUGACACACUUAUGUAGGUGUCAUAACCAGCCAUAAAAUAACGCAAUAUUUGUCAAAACAGGUCUAAACAUAAGUGUUAUGACCAUGUUAUGACAAGUUAUGUCAACUGUUAUGACAUAUUAUGACAUGGUUUUGACCGUGUCAUAACGUGUUAUGACGCUGGGUGUCAAGUGAAGUGUUACCUAGAAUGACAAGAAAUGACAAAGUAGCCUAGAGUGCUUAUUCACAAUAUGAUCUGGUGAUCGGGUUAUGAAAUGACAUGACAAAUACAUUUUGGUGUCCAUAUUACCCUACUCCUGCAAUUUUAAAGGAUAUAAAUGCUAGUCCUAGGUCUAUGCUGUUGUUAGGCAGAGUUGUGUGUCAAUUUGGCAAUUUGUAUUUUUGUAUUUAAAAAAAAAAAAAAUUGUCACACAUUAGCCCCAUUAUUGAUAGAAAUCCCAUUUACAGUAUAUUUUCUUUGGAACAUGAACAUUGUCUUUAAUUCAGUCCACUUUGCCAGCAAAUAGACCACUGUAAAGUUGUGGUUGUAGUACAGGUAGUUUUAUUAUUAGUUUUUCUGCAAUUAUUACCAUAUCAUUAUUAGGCUCAACUUGCUGUCUUUGUCCAAAUUAAUUUGAGGGAUGAGUGUGUGUCUAUAAACAAGUUGAGUCCUUGAAUCAUUCUUAUGAAGAUGCUUCCGAGAGGGCUCCCCUAAUUUAAAACUACAACAUCUUGCUUUUGUGUGUUCUGUGAAAGAUGGACCGUUUUUUUUAGAAAUGCUCUUUACUAUACUUCUUCGGAUAGUCUCCUUUUUUGGAGAACCACUCCGGCCAUCGGUAACCAGGGGCAUCUUUGCUCCCUCUUCUACUCCUGCCUGUAAUGGAAAUGUGUAAUUAAAGAGUCACAUUUAUGUUUGGUAAUCUCCAGUAGAAUUUUUGAAGAUUUCCCCACUAAUAUCCAAUCAAAAAGGUUUUCAUUUGUGAAGGAAAAUCUACAUAUUUGUAGUAAUAGCAAUCAUAUUAAAAAUAAGGCCCAGGGGACUUUUGAAGUUACUCUUUGAUUCCCCCCCCUUUCUAUUUCUAAAAUCACCACAUUUUCCCCUUCUCUCCAGUCCAGCUUAGAAAAGAGCAUAGAGAGCGCCAUCGCUGAAGGGGACUUUGGGAAGGCGGAGGAGAUGAGCGACAGACUCGCCACUCGAGAGGUAUGUUGUACCGAUAAGAGAUCUUUGGGGCGCUCCUGCUGUGACAAAUUGAACUAA